AUGACAUCGCGCGGCGGAGUGUCCGGUGGUCGAUCCGUUUUGAUUGCUGUCGAUGGUUCCGAGAAUGCAAAGUAUGCGUUCAGGUGGUACCUGAAGUGGUCACGCCGGCAGGACGAUGUUGUGACAUUCUUCAACGUACUCGAACCUCCCUCUCUACCCACCUUCAGCAUUUCGAAUCCAAGCUCAAUUCCAACAGAGGAAUGGGGCAACAUUCUUUCCUCCCGUGUUGAGGCAGCUCGAAAGCUGGAGGACGAUUAUACUGCCGAGGCACAAGCUGCUGGGUUGAAGUUCGAGUACAUCAGUCAGCCGGCCGAAAAGGUUGGAGAGGCAAUCAUUAAACAGGCAGAAAAACAGGGAGCUCAUGUCAUAAUUCUCGGCACACGCGGUCUGGGACCAAUUCGGCGGACUUUACUUGGCAGUGUAAGCGAUUAUGUUCUUCAUCAGGGCAUAGUUCCUGUGACAGUUGUACCAACUGAUGGUUAA